ACAACGCUACCGACGCUUUCAUUCCGGGCGCCGGCGUUGCUAAGUGGUCAAGGUGUGUCGUGCGUGCGGUGUGCUGUGGUUGUUCAAGCGUUCAAGGUCGCAACGGAACUGCUGAUAGCUUCUAGAUCUGUUCUUGAGAGGAGUGGAAGAUUUUCUUCCGAUCGAUAUCUUUGAGGGCCUUCGUACUGGGCUCGAGCGCACUGCAUGCUGCAACCCCGUUAUAGCUAUCGGCGAACGCAAAGUCUCUCGACCGUAACGCUGAUGGUACACAGCGCAUUAUCAAAAGGCCGCACAGAAUUCCGAGGGCUAAGCAUGCAGCGCCGGAGAUGACUGAAGUGAAGGCUAAGUUCCCAGAAGUGAACUUUGAACAAGUCCGGGAAGUUCUAAAGCAUCAUGGCAAGAAAGGAUCCGUGAUUGAUGUCCGCGAGCCGCAGGAGCUCAUCGAUGAUGGCAGAGUCGAAGGCUUCAUCAACAUUCCUUUGAACGAUGUGCAGUCAGCAUUUGUGAUGCACCCUGAAGAAUUCAAGAUUCAUUACAAUGUUAACAAGCCCGACCCCAAGAAAGAUGUCAUCUUUAGCUGUCGCUCUGGAAGAAGGGCAGUGAUGGCUGCAGAGAAACUACAGGAACUGGACACCUAUCACAAAAUCAAAGUGUAUCCUGGAAGCUUUCAAGACUGGUUUUUGCACAAUGGUGAGUUCAAACAAGGACCUCUAAAGAGUCCCAAGGGCACCGGUGAUGCGAAGAAAAAGGAGAAAAAUGAUGACUCAAAGAAAGAGGUGGAAAAUGAAAGUGAUGAUUCAGAUGCAGAUGAUUAGUUGCAUUAAUAAAUGCUGCUUACUCAAAUUUUUAA